UCAUUAAAAAUUAUAAGCAUAAAAUGUGCUUAUUACUUUCUUUAUAUAAAAAUUCUUUAAAUAGAAUUCUUUACAUGUGAAAAAAAAUUAAAUUAAUAUUUCCAUGAAAGAUAAUUUCAAUAAAAUUAUAUUAGUACACCAAAGGGUAUUAAUCAUACUUCACCUUCAUCCAUCAUCUCAAUCGAAGUAUGUCAAAUUUAAUCGCAUUUCAUCUAUAUUCAUAUCAUUCUUUAAAAAAAAUUUCAAUUUAAUCAUACCAAGAUGUUAAUCAUAUUUUAUCAAUUUCAUUCCUUAAAAUUACAUUCAUUGACAUUGUUCAAAGCUAUAACAUCUCUUCCAUUAAUUCCUUUUAUAAUUCAUAUCUUUUAUUUUUCAGGAAUCUUAUUUUAUCCCAUCUCGACACAUACAAGUAAAAUUCAAAUUAAUCGUCGAGAGAGUAACCUGAUGUUUACGAAAGUAAGCAAAUACCACAAAUACGACCAGCUAUACGGUAGAUUACUUCCAAUUGGGUGCAACAAGCAUGUCCAGUUAAAUAUACCGAGAUCUCUUGUUGAAGUUCAUCCAGCGCUAUUCAGAAAAUGAAAAAGAGAAAUGGAAAGUGUCUAUGCGAAACACUAUUCCGUGCCUCUUGUUAAAUGCUGGAAUUGACGAUUUCGCUUGGGAAUACUACAAAGAAAUUCAACGCUGUAAUCAACACGAAUUUUCGAUAGAAACAUACGCUUUGAUUAAAAAGAGAGAAAAUGAGAGCUUAUUGUAGAAACAGCUAGUGCUACAGCUAGUCUCUGAAAAAGAAAUUUUAACAAAUUAAAUAAUUAAAAUUUUAACAAAAGUAUUUUAUC